AUGGCUGGUCCGCGGGGGAAGAGUCAGUCGACAGUCGCUCGGUGAAGAGCUUUACGUGGGGUGGACUUCGCCGCCACCACGACAGCAACCUCUUAGUCAACAAUAAAGGAAGAAAUAUGAAAGAAAAGAGGUGGGAGCCACGCGUCACUUUGUAGAUUCAACAAGAAGACGAAGAAGUCUCCCAGAGCACUUUGCGCUGUCCUGGGAGUGGAAGCGUCUUCCUGGACCGUUUGCGCGCCAUCGUGGUGGUGUGUCCGGCUCCUGCCGAGCACGCCCGAGUGGUCCGAGGUGUCCGGUGGAGGCGGUGGGUCGCCCCGGAGGAUGCCUGCGAAGACCCCGAUUUAUCUUAAGACAACCACACCGAAACGAGGCAAGAAGACCAAACUGCGUGACGUGCUCUCGGGCGAUAUGAUCAGCCCUCCGUUGGGUGACGUGCACCACAGCGCCCACGUGGGUCCACAAGGCGAGCGGGACAUGUUCGGGGACGUGGGCUUUCUAAGGGGGAAAAUGGGCAUGUUACCGGCACGUAACGGCCAUGCCUGUUCGCACAGCGUGGACGAACGGCACGAGGACGAGGCCGCCACUUCAGAUUACUCAUACAAUGGAUUCCACGACCAGCACUCGUCCUCUGGCUUGUUGAAAUCCACCAUCUCCAUGCCGGUCUUCAUCGCCCACGAGCAAGCGCCGCCCAAACCGCCACGCCUGCACCUGGAUGAUGCCAAACAGCGACACCUAAAGCCUGCGGAUCUCCACGACAAGCAGCAGGGGCGGCGCCCCACGGAGAACGGAAGUCGAGACAUGUCCCUGUCGCCCUCCCUUCGCCGACUGGUCCCCUCGUCCGGGUCCUUCUCGGAGGUCUCAUCGGAGGAGUCUGUGUCGGAUGCCUGCGGGCCACCGGACGGGCGGCGAGGCCUCAGUCUAGAUUCGGACACCGGUCUGAGCAACGAGGAUCUCCGCAGCGAUUCACCCUGCGGACUCUUCCCGCGAUCAGACUCUGUGGCGGGCCUGGACCUGGACCUGGAUUUGGGGCCAUCCAUCCUGGAGGACGUGCUGAGGAUCAUGGACCGCUACAAGGACAUUGGACCACCGUUGCGAGCUGUGAGGAAAUGCCAGGUGUAUUAUACAAACGUGGAAGCGUUUGGGAAUGACAUGAACUCAGCCGUGAAAUGGUAGGCUACGUAAAUUGACGGAGCAGGGUCAGCGGAUGCUGAGGCGCAUAGUGCGAAGAGGUCACCAACUUGCUGCCUCGUCAAUCGGUAUUGACCUCCAAACUUCACGUGGCCUUCAGAUUGUCUCAAGAACAGUGCACAGAGAGCUUCAUGGCAAUGGGUUUCCAUGGCAGAGAAUCUGCAUCCAAGCCAGAUAUCACCAACUGCAAUGCAAAGCGCUGGAAGCAGUAGUGUAAAGCACGCUGCCACUGGACUCUAGAGCAGUGGAGACUUGUUCUCUGGAGUGAUGAAUCACGCAUCUCCAUCUGGAAACCUUAUGGACGAGUUUGGGUUUGGCAGUUGCCUGGAGAAUGGUAUUUGUCUGACUGCAUUUUGCCAAGUGUAAAGUUUGGUGGAGGGGGGAUUACGGUGUGGGGUUAUUUUUCAAGAGCUGGGUUUGGCCCCUUAGUUCCAGUGACAGGAACUCUGAUUGCUUCAGAAUACCAAUAGAUUUUGAACAAUUCCAUGCUCCCAAGUUUGUGGGAACAGUUUGGAGCUGGGCGCUUCCUCUUCCAACAUGACUGUGCACCCGUGCACAAAGCAAGUUCCAUAAAAAUGGAUGACAGAGUCUGGUGUGGAUGAACUUGACGGGCCUGCACAGAGUCCUGACCCCAACCCAAUAGAACACCUUUGGUAUGAAUUAGAGCGGAGACUGAGAGCCAGGCCUUGUCAUCCAACAUCAGUGUGUGACGUCACGAAUGCGCUUCUGGAAGAAUGGUAAAAAAUUCCCAUAAACACACUCCUGAACCUUGUGGACAGCCUUCCCAGAAGAGUUGAAGCUGUUAUAGCUGCAAAGGAUUAACUGACGUCAUAUUGAACAAAUGGGACGUCAUUUAAAUCCAUAUGUGAGUCAAGGCAGGUGAGCGAAUAUAUAUAUAUAUAUAUAUAUAUAUAUAUAUAUAUAUAUAUACACACACACACACACACACACACUGUAUGUGUAGGUGGCACAGUGGACACACACACACACACACACACACACACACUGUAUGUGUAGGUGGCACAGUGGACAUCUGCCUCACAGUUUUGAGGACCCGGGUUCAUAUCCAACCUUGCCUGUGUGGAGUUUGCAUGUUCUCUCCGUGCCUGCGUGGGUUUUUUCUGGGUACUCCGGUUUCCUCGCACAUCCCAAAAACAUGCACGGUAGGUUAACUGAAGACUCUAAAUUGUCUGCAGGUGUGAGUGCGAAUGGUUGUUUGUUUUUAUAUGUGCCCCCUUUUUUUUUUUUUUUUUUUUCUUUUCAAAACUUUUUCCAUGUCCUCAUGGUGUGUUAUUUUGGAAUAAGACUUUAAAAUGACAAAAUGUGGAAACAAAGUGCUGUGAAUACUUGAAUGCACUUUUAGUGCUGGGAGGCGACAGGCUCAGGCUGGUCCUCAAGAGUCUUAUCGCAGCCAUCUUCAAUGGCCAUUAGUGACAUUUUUUUCUUAUGUGAAGCUGUAAAAAAAUCACGCAGACGAUUAACUAACACUUUGCUGUAUAUCAAAGAAGACAUCUUAUGCUUUUUUUCCCCAUUAUUUAAAUUUCCAGUUUUAUUAACAUCUAUGACAUGCUUUUGUCAAAAUAUCUUAAGAAUACACCCUUAAUUUGCCUGUUUGAGGGCGUGGUCCCUUAUGCAAAUGAAACAUUGGUCACACCAACACCCUCUACUCUGGGGCAAACACAGUCAAUGCAUGGAUUCUUUUGUCACUCUGGGAGAGAGCAUUACAUCACCCAGCUGCAAUUAGUCUAGCAAAUGCUGCAUUUGGCACACGCAGCAGACACAUCGCCAAACACAAAUACCCUGCCCCUAUGUUGACAAUUUUGCCGAAUAAUCAUAUGCCUCUUAUUACAAGCUAACAGGACACAGUCAUUGCAGCUCUGCUUAACUUUUGGCUUUGACAUGAUACACUGUGGUCUGGCUGUCACUUUAAAAUGGGAGAUUUUCACCCUGCCCACCUUCCAAGUCAUGGGCAGAGAAAAUGACAGUAGGGGUGUUAUGUAAAUCCAUCAUCUUGUGACAUCACAAUUGAGGCUUGUUCAGACACAUUUUCAGAAAUACAGUAAUGCACUCCAGACACAACUAUUUGGAAUCAAACAUUUCAAAAGUUACUUUUACAUAAUAUGUCCCCUUUAAUAUAACAUCUUUGCAAUAACCAAAACAAAACAUUUAUAUGUACUGUAUAUUCUGUCCAUAUUGUCCACUCACAUCAAUAUUUGUUUUUUCAACUCGAUGUGCUUCAGAAGCUAAUGGAAAAGUGCUUUUCCAUAUAUGGAUUGUUUUUUUCCAACUAAAAAUGUAUUUAGAGUGUGCUUGUCCAUCUAAUGUUGACUGUCACAUUAUUACAGUAGCCUCUUAUUCCAUGUCAUGUAUGCGAUGUACAUUGCUCUAUAUGUAUCAAUAAAAAUGUUCCAGUUGUGAAACUUAAAGAGUCUUAUGUUUCAUCACAUACAGUAUCCCUCGUUUAUUGCGGGGGUUACGGUCCAGAAUUCCCUUGCGAUAGACGAAAGUUACAAAGUAGUGACCGUUAUAUUUGUUUCAUAUAUUUUAAAUGUUUAUGCAUAAUACCCGUAAAAAAUGUGCAUGUGAAGUAUUUGUGUCCACUUGGGAUGCCAUCCUCUUGUUCUACACUGUAGUAUCUGACUUUGAAUGUGUGUGCUGUAAAGAAAAGGACUUGGUCUGUUGAGUGACGUGAGUCUGUGAAUGAGAGGGUAGCGUUGCCUGCUGUUGACUCAGGAUAGCGGCUGGCUGUUAACUGGCUAAUCGUACGCUUGUCUGCGUAUCGAGUACCUCUGGGCGUGAAUUGUGGCCGUGCAGCUAGCGUGUGAAUGUUUUGUUACUGUUGUUCAGUAACGUGGUUGGAAGUGCACUGGCAACUUUAUUUUCAACCCUCUGUGGAGCGAUUACAAUUCAUUCUAACUAGCGGUGGUAGGCUAUUAAAUUAGCCUGCAAUUUUUACCGUAGGCAUGCUUUUCGUAAGACAGUUUUGCUUUGCCGUAGAUGCGUUGGCCCUCAUUCACUAACCGUGCGUACACACAGAUUUGUGCUUAAAUUGUGCGUAAGCACGUUUGACGUACAAAUCUGUCAUUCAUCAGUAUUUUCGUAUGUGUUUUUAUUCAUACCCUGCAAACAAAUUUAGAACCUCCACAGACCAUGUACGCACAAAUAAUUUUGCUGUGCUAUAUGUAUUCCUUGUAAUUUGUAUUUUAACAACACAUGCAGUGUUCGCUCAUGCUCUGCUCUUAAUUUUUUUUGUAUGUGUAUGUUUUGUGCCUCAUUCUCUAAAUUAACUUUGGAAUUAAUUAAAACUGAUUAACAUGA